GAGCAAGCCAUCUCCUGCGCCGCGAUGUCCUCGUCCAACCAGAAACCGUAUGUCCAGCCGGGCGAACCGCUCCAGGAUUUCCUUCGUUCAUUCUGGCAACGCCAAGUCGAUGCAGCAGAACAAGAGACCCCCGACUACAGGCACCCGCCUCUGCCCCUCGCCCGCAUCAAGAAAGUCAUGAAAAGCGACCCGGAGGUGAAAAUGAUCGCCGCGGAUGCACCUAUCCUGUUUUGCAAGGCAUGCGAGGUCUUCAUCGCGGAGAUUACUGCACGCGCCUUCAUCAUCGCUGACUCGAACAAGCGGCGAACCCUAUCGCGGGCAGACAUCGCCAAGGCACUCAGCAAGUCUGACCAGUUCGACUUCCUCAUUGACAUCGUCCCCCGCGAAGAGCCUCUUGCUGGCGCCGCGAAUGCCGGCAGGAGUCAGGGGAAGAAGGCGAGUGGCUCACAGGCGAAGGUUGAUAGUGGUGGUGCUUCGCAGUCCGGCAAUGGAGAGGGCACAUCCACCAAUGAAGGUGUAGCGUCUGAGCUCGAUCAGCUGCAAUCGUUACUCAACCCAUCAGUCGACAACCGAAACGUCCAAUAGAUAUCAUUAUUGAUUUCUCGCUAAUGUCCUGUAGAACCCCCAGUCUGCUCGCUCUUGCCAUUGCUAUCCCGCUGUACUA